UUUGAGUGGCCAGGGAAAGGCCACUUGGCAAAUUAGUUUGCUGUCGAACUUCUGGGGAAACGGAUCGCGGUCUUAGUGAAUGGCUACUUCAGCCAUAGCAUACUAGCAAAUCCCAAUAGCCAAUAAUUAAAAAAAAUAACUCCAUAUAAAUUGGUUUUUAAUUGGCUGCAACCAUUUUGUUAACAGAGAAAAAAAAUUUUUAAUCAAAAUUUAAAGCCGUAAAGCCAUAAAUAUGGUGCAAUUAAAUUCAACAAGCGGUGGUCAUGUUCAUACAGUGGCUUUAGAUAAAACGGGGAAAAAGUCCUUUGGCAUUAGCAUAGUAAGAGGUGAAAUAAAAGAUUCACCCAAUACAAAAACAAAUGGCAUUUUCAUUAAAGGCAUAGUACCCGACAGUCCGGCACAGUUAUGUGGAAAAUUAAAGGUUGGUGAUCGCAUAUUAACGAUCAAUAAUAAUGAUGUACGAAAUGCCACUGAACAGGAAGUUAUUUUACUCAUAAAAGAUGCCGGCAUUGUUAUCAAUUUGGAAAUACAAACAUUCGAACACGAGAAGGCGGAUAAGCCAGAAAAGUCUGAAACUAAACCUGUGGAAAAUGGGUUUGCUGCCAAUAAAAAUAAAUUCCAGGCUUCCAUCAAACAGGCUCCAGCUCCCAAGCCUCCAAAUGUUAAUUCGAUGCUUAAAAAUUCCAACUACAGCAGUAACAUGUCCAUGAAGAAAUCUGCAGCUAACAACGAUGACGACGAAGAUGAUGAACGUGAUAUGACUGGCCGCAUAAGAACUGAAGCGGGCAUAGAGAUCGAUCGUGCUUCAGCCGGUAAUUGUAAACUAAACAAUCAGGAAAAGGCUCGUGAUAAGGAAACGCCAGAUGAAUUUGGCUACACAAUGGCUAAAAUUAACAAACGCUACAACAUGGUAAGAGAUGUACGUCGCGUCGAACUAAUGCGACCACCCAAUGUACCCAUGGGUUUAGCUUUGGCCGGUCAUUCCGAUCGUCAGCGUAUGGCUUGCUUUAUUGCUGGCAUUGAUCCUGAAGGCCUGUUAGCAUCGCUCGACGUUAAACCAGGCGAUGAGAUUCUAGAAGUUAAUGGUACCGUGCUGAGAAAUCGCUGCCAUUUAAAUGCUUCGGUGGUCUUCAAAAAUAUCUUGUCGGAGAGAGUGGUUUUGAUUACAUCCCGAAGAAAACCUGGCGAUGAGGGUAUGGGCGUGACGCCGGUCAAAAAAUUUCCACCGAAAAUUGAUGAUACCAAAUUCCUAUUAGAACAGUUCCCGAAAUCACGAACGGUAGCGGUGAAAAAAGAGGGCUUCAUUGGCAUAAUGAUUAUCUAUGGUAAACACGUUGAAGUGGGCAAUGGCAUAUUCAUAUCGGAUUUACGUGAAGGUUCAAAUGCUGAAGCUGCUGGCAUCAAAGUCGGUGACAUGCUGUUGGCCGUCAAUAAAGAUGUAACCCUGGAAUCUACCUAUGACGAGGCAGUGGCUUUGUUAAAAAGAGCCGAGGGCCUGGUCAACUUAUUGGUGAUAACCCUUAAAGAAGAAAAGAAAGAAGACAAGCCCAAGGAAGAAGAAAAACCAAAAGAACCAGAAAAGAUUGAUCCAGCCACAGUGCAAGUUAAACCAAAUCAGAAGAUGGUACUCGAAAUGAAAAUUGAAAAGAAACCAUUGGGUGUUAUAGUGGUUGGUGGUAAAAAUAAUCACGUUAAGACUGGCUGUGUGAUUACUCACAUUUACCCAGAGGGUGCGAUAGCAGCCGACAAUCGAGUUCAGAUAUUCGAUCACGUUAUUGAGGUGCAAGGCAAACAAAUGGAUUGUACAUCGAUGACAACCCUCAAAGUGCAUCAGGUAUUCCACACCUGUUAUGAAAAUCUCUUGACCAUACAGGUAUAUCGAGCGGAUCCCGUCGAAGUUGAAACCAUUAAAGUGGAUAUAACGAAAAAAGCAGGAAAAGAUUUCGGCCUUUCACUAGCACCCAAUGAGAAAGGAUGCACAAUAUCUGAAAUUGUCCCCUCUGGCUAUUCCGAAAUUGAUAAUAAACUACAACGUGGCGAUAUUAUAACAAAAUUCAAUGGUGAGUCCCUUGAAGGUUGUACAUUUGAAAUUUGCUAUGCCCUAUUCAAGGGGGCCACAGGCAAAAUCUCCUUAGAAGUGACCAGACCUAAGCCCACAGUGCGUACGGAAGCGGCGAAGUGAGUUGGUUAAUUGGAAUUGAUGGAUGAAAGCAAACUCUUUUACAUUACUCCUCCCAAAAAUGAAUUUUAAAUUAUAAUUUCAACUAAAAAUUUCUGAACAAUAAAACUGUAAGAAAUGUAAAGACAA